UACAAGCUGAUAAAAUGGGGAGGGGCAGUAAUAAACUAGUUCAUGUAAUUCUAUCCUAUUUCUCUGAACCCAGUAAACAAAUCUUUCACCUUUAUAAGUUGAUCCACAAUUGAAGGAAGGAAGGAAGGAAGAAGAAGAAGCCUCAGAGGUUAGUUGGUUGUGUUCUUCAUGGAAAUGUCUAAUGGAGAAGAAACCAGACAGAAGAUUCCUGGAGAUCUUAGAAGGCAACUUGCUGUUGCUGUUAGGAGUGUUCAAUGGAGCUAUGCAAUUUUCUGGCAACCCUCAACUACACAACAAGGGAUACUUGAAUGGGGUGAAGGAUACUAUAAUGGGGACAUUAAGACAAGGAAAACAGUUCUAUCCAUGGAACUUAAAGCAGAUAAAAUAGGUUUGCAGAGGAGUGAGCAACUAAGAGAGCUGUAUGAAUCACUUUUAGAAGGAGAAAGCGAACAGCAAACCGAAAGGCCUUGUGCUGCACUGAAUCCAGACGAUCUAUCAGAUGCAGAGUGGUAUUACCUAGUCUGUAUGUCCUUUGUGUUCAAUCCUGGCCAGGGUUUACCAGGGGGCACAUUAGCAAAUGGUCAAACCAUAUGGUUAUGUAAUGCUGAUUCUGCUGAUAGUAAAGUGUUCUCGAGAUCACUUCUCGCUAAGAGUGCAUCCAUUCAGACUGUCGUAUGCUUUCCUCAUUUCGGUGGUGUCAUUGAACUAGGUGUGACGGACCUGGUGCGGGAAGAUCUUAAUCUCAUUCAUCACAUCAAGGCUUCUUUACUGGAGCUCUCAAAACCUGUCUGCUCUGAGAAUGUUAUUUCAGCAUCCCAUUCCAAGGAUGGAAAUGACUGUGUCUGUAUUAAAAUAGAUAAUGAGAUCAUGAACAGUGUGAUGGCUUUAGAAGAUUUCUAUUCUCUGCAAGACAUUAACAUUGUUGGUAGUCAAGAAAGUUUUGGUGGUGAAUUGGAUGGAAAUAUGGAAGAAAACAGAUAUGAACACGACCAGCAGACUGAAGAAGACUCUUUCCUAUUGGACAAUGUUGAUGAUGAUGAUGGGCUGCAUGAUAUAGGGAACUACUUACAAGAUUCUAUGGAACCAGAGGAUAUAACUUGUGACAAAUCUAAUGAAAACAAUUUGAAGGAUCUCCAUAGAAACAAUGCCACAAAGCUUAGCUCCUUGGACUUGGGAAAUGAAGAUGAUCUUCAUUACAGAAGAACUCUGUCAGUUGUUCUAGGAAAUUCCAACAAGUUUCUCGCCAAUCUUUUAGCAGGAAGCUGCAAUAACAAAUCGGGAUUCGUGAGCUGGAAGAGAGGGCAAGUGGUUGAAACCCAUCCACCAAAGGUACAACAGAAUUUGUUGAAGAAGAUUCUAGUUGAGGUUCCUCUUAUGCACGAAUCAUGCUCAAUUAACUCCCAAAAAGAAAUAGGAAAAAGAGACCAGUUCAUACGUCUUGCUUAUCCUGAUAAGAGAAUCGAGAAUGAAAAAUUAUCCCUCCUCAAGUCCAUGGUUCCAUCUAUUAAGGAGAUUGACAGAUCAUCAGUUCUUGGUGACACCAUAGAGUACUUGAAAGAGCUUGAGGCAAGAGUGGAAGAACUGGAAUCUUGCAUUGACCUAACUGAUUCUGAAGCAAGAGCUAGAAGAAAAAGACAUCAGGACAUGGUAGAACAGAUAUCUGACAACUAUGAUAAUAAGAAGACUAGUAUAAACAAGAGGAAGGCUAAUGACAUUGAUGAAACAGAAUCCAGUCUGGAGAUGAAGGUGAGUGUAAAAGAGGAAGAAGUCCUUAUAGAGAUGAGAUGCCCUUGGAGAGAAUACUUAAUGUUGGAUAUAAUAGAUGCAAUGAACAAUCUCCAUCUAGAUGCUUAUUCACUUCAGUCAUCAAAUGCUGGUGGAAUUCUCACCAUGACUCUUCAAUCCAAGGUUCGAGGAGCAGCAGUUGCAUCAACAAGGAUGAUAAAACAAGCACUAUCAAAUGUUGUUGGAAAAUGUUGAGGAAAUCAGAAGACAGAUCUUUCCAAAGGGUGGUAUUGAUUUUGAUAGGGUUUUGCUUGAGGAGAAUCUAUGCUAGCUUUUAAGUUUUUAUAGAUUAUUCAUGUCUUAAUUACUUGUUUGUUGUAUAAUUAAGCUCACUUUUCUGGACACAUCCUUUUGAAGAAUCAAACUCAGGGAGAUAUAUCCAU